UUGAGAAAAAUCUGGCAUACUACGGGAUAUCCAAGUGAUAAAACUGCAUUCAAUAGACACUCAAAUGAACUUAAAGCUCUUAUCAGCACCCUAGAAAAUGAUAAUAUUCAACACUAUCUCUCAAAUCUAGAUCCAACGAGAGACACAAACUACUCACUAUGGAAGGCUACGAAGAAUCUAAAGCGCCCGAAAAACCAUAUAUCACCUAUCAAUGAUGAAAAAGGAGGAUGGGCUAGAUCAUAUAAAGAAAAGGCAACAAUCUUUGCGGAACAUCUGAAAACAGUUUUCCAACCACUCCCUGAAAACAAUCCCGAACACACUAUGGAAAUCAAAGAAUACCUCGAAUCAGCGAAUCAAAUAUGUUUACCACUAAAAAGUACCAGCCCUAAAGAAAUUGUAGAAGAAAUAAGGAACCUCAAGGAUGGUAAAGUACUCGGCUAUGACCUGAUUGAUGCCACAUUACUUAAAAACCUGCCUCAUAAAGUCUUUUUGGAUGUUAUCCAAGCGUUUGAUAAGGUAUGGCAUUACGACCUCCUGUUCAAGCUAAAGAAGCAUCUCCCACAUUGUCUAUUCCUAAUAUUGAAAUCCUACUUAGAUAAAAGAUGCUACCAAGUGAAGUACGGCGAUGAUCUCUCAGAAUUAUACGAAUUAAAAUCAGGUGUCCCUCAGGGCAGUAUAUUGGGCCAUAUACUAUACCUCAUUUUUACAGCAGAUAUCCCAACAACUGACUACACCACGACUGCGACAUACGCUGAUGAUACGGCGCUUCUGUCGGCUCACAGCAACCCAGAAACGGCAUCAUCACAGCUGCAAAACCACCUGAUAGAAGUUGAGAGGUGGCUGAACCAUUGGAGAAUAAAAGCCAAUGAGAGCAAAUCGGUACAUGUAACGUUUACUCUUAGGAGAGAAACAUGUCCACCGGUAACGCUGAACUGCAAAGUUAUCCCUCAAGAAAAUAACGCAAAAUACUUGGGCAUGUACCUAGACAGGAAACUUACAUAG